AACCUUUGCACGGCACUUGUUGUCUGCCUCAAUUCAAGGCCGGCCAUCGCUUCCCUUCCCGGGCUUGGGUUUUGAAGCUUACGGUUGUGGUUGAAAAGGGAAGAGACGAAUUGGGACUUUGUCUUCGAGUGUGAAGGGAGGGGCAGAUUCUAUCGGCUGACUGCCUGGAAAUUCCUAGGGAUCUCAAACGAACGGGGAACAUCGCCUUGAGGUCAGAUGAAAACAAUGCUCCUCUUUGAUACGACAGGUGACUUGUUUUAUGCGACUGAAAUUACUAUAAAGCCGGAACUUAUUCUCAAGAACCGUUAAAGAUUGUGAAAAAAGCAAUGAGAACUACAUAAAUUAUAAAGAAAAUUAAAAAUCUUUGAGAAGGCCAUUGAGGUAAACUCACGUGGCCUGCAAAACCAAAAAAUCCCAGUGAGUAGAGAGAGAGAGAUCCAGUCCUGACCACCCCUCUAUAACGAAGGAAACAAAAUAUCCCUUAGAAUUUACAAAAACGCAAAUGAAAAAUCUUUCUGAAACCUAGCCGCAACCACCAUCCUAUUAUUUCACAUCUGGGUUUACCCCAAUGGAUUUUUAAUAGGAAACCAGUUACACACCUCCAUGACUUUUCUACUGCAACUAAAAUGACCCGAACCCUAUUGUCUCGGACCCGGGCAUCCCAACCCGACGAGGAAACGAAACAAACCACCACUAUCAGCAGUGGAGGAACCGCUAUGAGAGUUAUAGUUCCUUUACAAGGCGUUGUUCAGGGUAGAGGAGGUCUCUUUCUAGGCUCAGUAAUACCCUGUGCUCUUUUCUACUUUCUCCAGCUUUAUCUAAGAAGAAAACACCGUGAUGACCCGAAUGACCAGGAUGACCCAGCAAGGGACCCGAAUGCGCCGUCUCCUUCUGGCUCGGCGGGGAAGCUGGCCGAGCUCUCUGGGUUUCCUCGGAAUUCGUCUAGAAACCUUCUAUCACCGAGAAGUCUGAGAGGACCUGUUUUCUUGUCGGGCCGGGUCAAUGGAAUAGUGAAGAGUGGGGACUCACCUUACUAUGUUGGGUUGAAGAAAGUCCUGGAGGAUCCAUAUGACGGAGCGGGCAAUCCAAAUGGGGUUAUUCAGCUUGGUGUGGAUGAGAACAAGUUAACGUUGGAUUUGGUUAAGGAGUGGCUCGUAGAGAAUGCAAAGGAAGCAAUAUUGGGUGGUGGUGGUGAAGGAGAGGAGUUGAGUAUUAGUGGGAUUGCUACUUACCAGCCUUCUCAUGGGCUUACGCAAUUGAAAGUGGCUGUGGCAGGAUUUAUGUCCCAGAUCAUGGAAAAUGCAGUUUCCUUCAAUCCCUCUCUGAUGGUACUUACAACUGGCGCAAACCCUGCAAUUGAAAUGCUUAGCUUCUGUCUAGCAGAUUCUGGAAAUGCAUUUCUUGUGCCGACGCCAUAUUACCCAGGAUUUGAAUGGGAUGUAAAAUGGAGAGCAGGGGUGGAGAUAAUUCCUGUUCCUUGCCGCAGUGCUGACAACUUCAGUUUAAGUAUAACUGCACUUGAUCGAGGAUUCAACCAGGCAAAGAAACGUGGUCUCAAAGUCCGUGGGAUAAUGAUUUCAAACCCCUCAAGUCCUGUUGGCAAUCUGCUUAAUCGUGAAACACUUUAUAGCCUUCUAGACUUUGCUAGAGAGAAGAACAUACAUAUAGUGUCCAAUGAAAUAUUUGCAGGGUCUACUCAUGGGAGCGAGGAGUUUGUGAGCAUGGCAGAACUCAUUGAUUCAGAUUAUCUUGACCGGGACAGGGUACAUAUAGUUUACGGUCUUUCAAAAGAUCUCUCUCUUCCAGGUUUUAGGGUGGGUGUAAUCUACUCCUUCAAUGAAAAUGUUCUAGCUGCUGCCAAAAAGUUGACAAGGUUUUCGUCAGUUUCAGCUCCGACACAGCAUCUACUUGUUUCUCUGCUUUCAGAUACUGACUUCGUUCAGAAGUUAAUAAAGAAUAACAGGGAGAGGCUUCAGAAAACGUAUGCCACAUUUGUGGCGGGGUUGAAGCAAUUGGGCAUUGAGUGCGCAAAGAGCAAAGGGGGCUUUUCCUGCUGGGCUGACAUGAGUGAGUUAAUCAACUCUUACAGUGAGAAAGGGGAGCUUGAGCUUUGGGACAAAUUGUUGAAUACAGCAAAGCUCAAUGUUACUCCAGGAUCUUGCUGUCGUUGUAUUGAACCUGGAUGGUUCCAAUUCUGUUUUGCCAACUUGACUGAAAGGGACAUUCCUGUAGUCAUGGACCGAAUUCUUAAAAUUGUGAAUGUCUGCAAAGCAAGCAGUUGAAAUGUUUGGUUUACUCUAAAGAAAUAGAUCCCUUACAGAUUUUUUGUAGGAUAAUUUAUUGAAGCGGUUACGCAAUUGACACUGGAGAAGGUAGAGGAAACCUAUUGAAUAUUUGCAAAUGAUCUUGGACAAUACAAGUGUAUACAAGUUUCUUUUAUCCAUAAUUUUAUUAGUUUUUUCCA